AGAGAGAGGCGAGGCGAGGCAGGCACUGGCAUACAGCUAUAGGGAAGGAGUGGAGCGGAGUAGAGAGAGAUAGUAGUGAAAGAGAAAGAGAGGGGAGUCUGAGAAGAAGACAGAAAGGCAGGCACGUCAGACGGACCAGCCCCGGAGUCUAUUUUAACACACAUGCAUUUAUUAACAUUAUAGCUGGUUGAUUCGUUGAUGUAUUUAUUUUUACUCGUGUGCAUGCGAGGUGCUGUGCGUACAUUUUAACAGAAGAAGAGCCCAGACCAUGAAUAGAAGAUGAUUUCUGCUAAGACAACUCUGGAAAGUAAGCACCCGCUGCACUCCCUGGUGUGGACUAACAGACCCGGGCAGCUUGAGAAGCGCCUGGCCGCUGCAGAGCAGGUGGAUAUCGAGACUCUGGACCCCCGUGGACGCACACCGCUGCACCUCGCCGUCACGCUAGGACAUGUGGACUGUGCACACGUGUUGCUGAAGCACGGAGCAGAUGUGUGCAAAGAGAACCGGAAUGGCUGGACAGUUCUACAGGAAGCGGUCAGUACGCGGGACCCCGAGUUGGUGCGGCUGGUCCUGCGUUACCGUGACUACCACCGAGCAGUCAAGCGGCUGGCGGGGAUCCCCUUGCUACUGGAGAAGCUGCGGCAGGCACAGGAUUUUUACAUUGAGAUGAAGUGGGAGUUCACCAGCUGGGUGCCCCUGGUGUCGAAGGUCUGCCCCAGCGACACCUACCGGGUCUGGAAGAGCGGGCAGAACCUGCGGGUCGACACCACCUUGCUGGGCUUUGAUCACAUGACCUGGCAGCGAGGGAACCGCAGCUUCAUCUUUCGGGGACAAGACUCCAGUGCUGUGGUGAUGGAGGUGGAUCACGACAGGCAGCUGGUCUACUCCGAAGCACUGUCUCUGCCCGAGCACGACCGCGAGGCUCUCCUGGAGGCUGUCCAGCCGUCUGAGGAGCAGGUGACCAACCGACUGACCGCCCCUGUGGUCACCACGCAGCUGGACACCAAGAACAUCUCCUUCGAGAGGAAUAAAACGGGAAUUCUCGGCUGGAGGAGCGAGAAGACGGAGACGGUGAACGGAUACGAAGCCAAGGUGUACGCCGCCUCCAACGUAGAGCUGAUCACUCGAACACGCACAGAACACCUCGCAGAUCAACACAAGAACAAGAGCAAAGGCAGCAAAACUGCGCUUCAGUCCUUCCUGGGGAUUGCAGAACAGCACAUGGGACCCAACAAUGGGAUGCUGAUCACACAGACUUCCUGCAGCCACACCAACCCCACCGCCAUCACAGCCGAGGAGUACUUCAACCCCGCCUUCGAGCUCGGGGCGCGGGACAUCGGGCACCCCAUGGAGCUCACCACCAAGACGCAGAGGUUCAAGGCGAAGCUGUGGCUGUGUGAGGAUCACCCCCUGUCCCUCUCGGAGCAGGUCGCCCCCAUCAUCGACCUCAUGGCGAUCAGCAACGCGCUGUUCGCUAAGCUGCGUGACUUCAUCACCCUGCGCCUCCCCCCGGGCUUCCCGGUCAAAAUCGAGAUCCCGAUCUACCACAUCCUGAACGCCCGCAUCACCUUCGGGAAUCUGAACGGGUGUGACGAGCCGGUGUCCUCGGUGCGGAGCAGCCCCAGCGGAGAGGCCCCCUCCCCGGGCAGCGACUCCUCCAGCGUCAGCAGCUCCAGCUCCAUGACCUCGUGUCGUGGGUGUGAGAUCCCGGCCUCACUCUUCGAGGUCCCCAGCGGGUACAGCGUGCUCGGCAGUCACCAUGAUAACCUGCGCGAGGAAGAGGAGGACCUGCUGCAGUUCGCCAUCCAGCAGAGCCUCGUGGAGGCGGGCAGCGAGUACGACCAGGUGACAGUUUGGGAGGCACUGACCAACAGCAAGCCCGGCACUCGGCCCCUGUCAUGUGACGGCAGCCACCUCGAAAGAACUCUCCGGCACGGGCCACACCCCCUGGCCAGCCCCCAGAGCACCUCGACCAACCAGGCCCUGCGGAGCUAUGACGAGCAGCUGCGCCUGGCCAUGGAGCUGUCGGCGCGCGAGCAAGAAGAGGCGGAGCGACGGCAUAGGCAGGAAGAGGAGGAGCUAGAGCGCAUCAUCCAGCUGUCCCUCAUGGAGAAAUAGCAGUGAUUGGUCUCUGACUGGGCAGAGGGGAGGGGGAGGGGGCAGUAACAAGGGUUCAAGACAUGGAGACCGUCUGAUCCUCUUCCAAUUGGGGUAACAAAGACUCCUGAACCCUGUUCCUAACCGAGAGCUGUUUCAUGACUAAACAACAAUAUCUAGUAACUCCAUUCAAGUGGCUGCGUUUUCGCAGGGGAGGCACUGCCCUGACCAUCAUGACUCGUGCGGUGGCUCCCUUUUGGCACUUCAGGAAAUCUGAUGCAAACUGUCGCUGCAGGGAAAAAGCAACACAGACGCUUGCCUGGAAACAGAAUGGAAUCCUGCGUUCAUUUUAGUCAUGAGAAGUCACGGAACAAUGGGCAGAGAAAUCAGGGGAACCAGAAGCCAUCCAGCCCUGAGCACUCAGACAGACCGACAGACAGCGUUAGUGACCCCACUGGGGUUUUAUUACACGGACACAGACCCCCACGGCCAUGGGGAGGGGAGCUAAAGGGUCCCAAACAAAAUUCAAUUCAAUUCCGAAAUGAUCGUGUGCUUCAUGUCCUGGAUUGAGGUUGAAUUGGUCCAAAACCUCUUCUGGGCUUUAUCAAUACUGUAUCAGAAAUAUCCCUACUCUACAGCGUUCUGUUAUUUCUAUCCGAUGUCACUCUACAAUACUCUUACAGGUUAAAACUUCCCUUGAUACACAAUGUGCCGAAUUUAGACUCCCCCCAUCCCGCCCCA